AAUACAUUGGGAGAUUUAAAAGUAUCCCGUGAUUGCGCACUUUUCGACUGGUUUGUGACUUUUGUAUUUCCUCACCUUUCUCACCCAACCUAACAAAUGUUUAACUAAAUAAUCCUUGAUUAAAUGCACAUCCUCAAGGCACACUACUUUCAGAACGUGAUAAAUAUCCUUCUAGUAUGGCGCAUCUUUUGACCGCAGACAAAUUGGCAGAGAUCAAAAACUAUGAGGAGCAGAUGUUUGACUACUUUUCACACUACUCAGCGAAACUUCGCGAGUGGUACGCAAAUGGUGGUGACAAGUCCGAAGAUUACAAGGCCCAGUAUGACAAGCUUACGGAAGAGUAUUACAGGUACCUUAAAUAUAUUCAACGACUAAGAAGUAUGACAACAAUGGGAUGUGACAUCUCUCACCAAGUCGAAGCUAACAACCUUCAAAACACUCCAAGUUUUGUCCAACGUCAAACUGUUGAUAGUAUUCCCAACUCAAAUACAACAUAUUCGGCAUCCGCUGCUGCGGAUUACACUCGUUACUAUCAGAAUAUGAUCAGUUAUUUUGGCAAACUUUUGGAGUCUGUUCAGCAAAACGAUCCUGAGUGCAACGAGAGCUCCGAUGAGGAGAAUCGAGAUAAAGAGAAAAUAAAACCAGGUGGGACUGUGGAUCACGAUAAUAGUCAAGAUAAUGCAGUUUCAAUAGAAAAGGUCAGCUCGGAAAACUCAGAGAUACUGGAUCCUUGUUCCGACCCGAAUGCCGUAAUGAAGGAAUAUUUUGAUCGUUAUGUUAAAGCCGGAGAUUGGGAUUGGGCAUCCUGGAAUAAUUACCUGAGUUGGAUCGCCCGCACCAAUCCUCAGUGGUAUGAAAUAUUUGUGAAUUUAAGCCGAGGACUCGGCAUAGAUUGGGAUGACAUGUAUAAAAAGUGGGUCAGCUCGGUGUCAGGGGAUUCCAGCUGCAAUAAAAACCCACCUAUGUCUUAUUCAUGUGACCGGAACUUUUCUUUUGCAAACUACCUUGGAUUGGGGUCCACUGACAUACCGACUAUUUGUAAACAAAAUGUUGAAAAUGAUGAUUAUGAUGACGGUGAAGGCUCGCAGCACUAUUGUGUAACUUGUAAACAAGACUUUGGUACCGAGCGUGCGUUCAUGUUACACAUACGUGGUGUGACACACACUCAAAGAACUCUUCAGUCUAGCGGAAUAAAUUCUUUUGACUCCACUGUCUUAGAGGAGAACUGGGAGGUAAAACAUCACGAAUGGUUGAAAUCGCAGUAUUUAAAUGGACUUAACUCUAUUGUGGGAUUAUCUGGAUCAUUUUACUGUGAGUUGUGUGAAGUAGAAUUCCCAUCUCACAAAGCUCUUGGUUCACAUCUUAAUGGACGUCGACAUCGAGAAAACGUUUUUAUUUUUGAGUCAACUGGAGAUCGUUCUUUGUUGAAGGGUAAACGUCAGGCUCAAGUAAAAGUUACUGCCAAAAUACAACCGUUUCUUGAUGUGUGUACUCAACCUCUAAUAGGACUCAAUUAUAUGAUCGAGUAUCAGUUACAGGAACUGGAUGAAUGUCUGUAUAUUUGUAGUCUCUGUAAUCAGUGGCUACCAAAAAAGUCAGUGAUAAAUCACCUGUGUAGUAUUGUCCAUAGAAAAACAUAUCUUAACACAUAUUACUUACCUCUGUUCAGAAUUAUUGACCGGGAUUAUAGUGAUAAAUCGCUUCAAGCUUGUCGAUUGGAGGUAUAUGCUCGUAAGAUAGAAGAUUUCGAAGGAAGGAAACGUCUUAUUAUCAAAGAACAUUCUGUAGCAGAUUUUGAUCUUCAGAGCGAAAUUAUACGUCUUAUCCAAGAACACAAUGAGGCACGUCUUUUAAAAGAGAAGUGUCGAAAAUCGCCUCCGCGUACUUGUGAGCACUCCACUUCUAAUACUCCCGUUUCGGGAGACCUUGAAGAAGGAGAAAUAAGAGAAGAUUCUUCUGAUGAAGAACCAAAUACUGAAGAAGUGAGCUCUCCAGAUUCUGAAUCAAGUUUUUAUGCACGUUAUAAUGUUAUCAUGAAAUCGAUCGAUAAAAAAAGAAAUAGUGUUACCGAUGGUGACACAAGCAAACCAAACAGAAAGUCUCAAUUUCUUAUGGAUACCAUUAUAUCAGAAAACAAGGAUGUACAACUUAACGGAGAAUUUGUAGAGGAUGUUACAAUCACAGAUGAAGACUGUGAAAAGUAUAUUCAAGAGCUGGAACAUGAAGGCUUAUUACAAUUAAAAGCAUCUAAUUCAAGCGGUAAAUUACGACGAGACUCUUCUUAUACGGAUCAAUUCACAAAGGAAGCCGACUGGGUUUUAGAAAAGUUAAAAACUUUGAAGAGUAGACAUGAAGAAAACCUUCGACAAACAGCAGCAGAUGUGUCUGCUACAGCGAGAAUUCAGGCUAAUAAAUUAUCAAAUACUGAGAAUUCUCCGGUUCAACAUUGCUCUUUUAUACAUGAUUUUUCUUACAGUCAUUAUUACAAGUCACGAUUUGACAAAGGAUUAAUUCUCCCACCACUCGGAACUCCAGUAGGCCCUUCAGUUCCUAUAUACAAGAAUUACAACUAUCCGAUUCCUCCAAACACUGGAAGCUUAGAUGAACGUAAUGCUAAUCCAGGAGAGAGUAGCACUCGAAUAGCUUUAUCUAGCAGUGCAUUUAACGUAAUAUUAUCAGCUAUCGAUGCCCUCAAAUCUUCCGGACAGUUACCUAGGGGUCUGAAUCCAACGUUAAAAGAAAAGAAUAUCAACGUAAUUCAGAUUAAAAAUCCCAGUCAGCAGAUUGUCAACAGAGAUAAUCAGCAAUAUAUAUCUCCUAGUUAUAAUCAAAUAUCAGGACUUGAAGAUCCAGUACACUGCACUUCCGUAGAUUCAACUGCAAACAAUGCACCUUUGACUACGAAUUCGGAGCAUGUUAACCCCCCUCACCUGGACGUCUCAAGGCCUGUUUAUGCUCCCGUACCCAUAAACAGAGAAGGACUGAAUAAAAUCCCGAAUUCACCUCAAAGAGGUGUUGAGUUUCAUAAAAAUCAAAUCGUUUCAACGUCAUUUAAUCGGCACGCGCAAAACAAUCCUCCUUUAAAGUCACUUAUUAACCCAUAUGAACCACAGAAUAUAAUGCAUCAACCAGCAUCAGAUAACCUUACCAAUGAUGAAAAAAUAUUCGACGCGUACACCAUAUUUUCAAAACGCUGUGAACUUAAAAAAGCUCAAAAGCAGAGCUGGAUAAAAACCCCGAGAUAUUUCAGGCGUGGAAUGAGAGGUGAAGUUAACCAGGGUUCAGCCACGAACUCCCAUUUCCACAACUCAACUGGAAGACGACUAUCUGCUAUUGCUGAUUUUCUAGGUGUUAAUGAACCACCUACCGAAAGGAAACGAGUUCAUACUUCAAAUAACUUAGAAUCGCAUCCGGCCAGCAAUUUACCUUACCAUUCGUAUUCCUCAAAUACCUUUCAACAUCCUUUAACUCUCAAUAAUCAUACAUCUUUUUCUCAACCUGUAUGCCCCCCCGUGUAUGCUAAUCAGUCUGCUAACCAUAGAAUCCCUUCAAUUCCACUCAAUCUAAUGAAUUUCCCCAGAUCAUUACCCCCAUAUGCUGCUCCUAAUUCGUAUACACUCACAAACCCACAUACCAAUAGUUCUUUUUGGCCUGGUCAUCUCAAUCUUGAUUCAUGUGUUCCAAGUGCCUCACAGUCAUUACAGUACUAUAAUUCUUCGUUUCUUCCUACAUUCAAGUAA